AUGGAGCAAGAGCUCCUAUCGCUCCUUGCCGACACGCAGUCGCCGGUCGCCGAUACGAGAAAGGCCGCCGAGCUUCAACUGCUGCGUCUCUACUCCAACGAGAGCUUCCCCCUCUCUCUCGCCGCCAUUGCUUCGCAUGAUUCCGUACCCACCAACCUCCGCCAGUCCGCCCUCUCCGUCCUGCGUACCUUUAUCGCCGCCGCCUGGUCCCCCAACUUGGACGACUUCAAGGGCCGCAUCCUCAUCAACGAUGUCAACAAGGAUCAGAUUCGAAGGGUCUUGCUGGACCUGGCCACCGUGACCGAGACCCCCGAGCGCAAGGUCAAGUCGUCUGCCAGUUUCGCCGUCAGCAAGAUUGCCAGCGCCGAUUUCCCUGAACAGUGGCCGGACCUCCUGCCGACCCUGCUCCGGGUCAUCAACGAUGGCAACAGCACCUCGGGGGCUCUGCACGGUGCUUUGAAGGUGCUUCUGGAUCUGGUCGAUACCGGGUUCAACGAGGAGCAGUUCUUCAACGUCGCCAGGGACCUCGUCUCGUCCCUCUACAACGUGGCCACCAGCGAGUCGAGAAGGCCGAUGCUCCGAGCCUUGGCCGUCGCAGUUUUCCGGUCGUGCUUCGAUACCCUGGAAAUGGUCCUGGAACAACACAAGGUGGCCGUCAAGCAGUUCAUGGACGAGGUGCUCGGUGGCUGGUCUCCUUUCUUUAUCUCGACGCUAAAGGCACCCUUGCCCGAAGCUCCUGUGGAACAAGAAGAAGCGAAGGAGACCGCGGUCGCUUCCCAAUGGAGGGGCGUGAUCGGCUUGAAAUUGCAGGUGACUCUGAUGAAGAUCCGAAUGGUGUUCCCUGGCCUCCUGUCCGCCCAAAGUCCUAUCUACUUUUCUACAAUCUGGACGGAGCUCACGAAUAUCCAGAAUGGAUACCAUGAGUUCUACAUUCACGACGAGAGACAGGGUCGCUUGGAGGACGCCGACGGGCUCCCGUACACCCUGGACUUCCUCGUUCUGGAAGAGUUGGACUUGAUUCAAACUCUCUUGAAAGCACCGCCGGUCAAGGCCGAGCUGCAGCAGCAAUUGCAGAACGCCGGACAGGCCGUCACUACCUCCAGUUGGUUGCCGGAGAUUCUCAAGUUGACCGGAUCAUAUGCCCAAAUCACGUCCGAGGAAGAAGGCCUGUGGGACAUUGAUGUCAACCUGUUCCUUUCCGAAGAGACUUCCGUCACCGCUAACUACACGCCUCGUACCUGCAGUGGUGACUUGGUCAUCAAGCUCGGCGAGUGGCUCAAGGGAACUACGGUCGAGGGUCUGCUGGUAUACCUAACCGCCGUUUUUGCGGACUCUGCUUCUACGUGGAAGGCCCGUGAAUCGGCCUUGUACAUCCUUAACCAACUGCUCCGGGACUUCAGCGAGGUCGCCCAGCAGAUCUCUCCGGACUUGGCAAAUGGAUUCAACGGCCUCAUCCACUACUCCAUUCAGCAAGAGCAGGAGCUUCUCAGAGCCCGCGGCUACCUUGUGGCAGGUAUUCUGGCCCAGGUGGCCGGCGAGGCCUUCCAGCCGACCGCCGCUUCUUAUCUUGAGGCUACCCUGAAGGCGAUCUCCGAAGACCCAUCGGAAGUCGUGAAGGUUUCUUGCAUUCGAGCCCUGCAGGAUCUGCUGCCGGCUCUGUCCUCCAACACCACUAUUCCCCUCCAGAACUCCAUCAUCUCCGCCAUUUCCGAUUUUGUCUCCUCGCACGAUCUCCGCGAACCAUCCGACAGCGACGACCUCAAGGUCACUCUCGCUGAGACGCUCCGGGACACGAUCAUGGUCAACCCGAGCAUCGUUCUAUCGUCCAUCGCCAUCGAUGUUCUCUUCAAUAUCGCCAGCAACGGCGCAACCAAUUUCCAGCUCACCAUGAUCGUCACCGAGGCCUUCGAGGACCUGGUAGAGUCCAUUGCAGACCAGGGCCCCGAUUCCUUUGUCCUUCUCUGCGAGAAGGUCCUGCCUUCUUUGACCGGGGCCAUUGACGUUGGCAACCUGACUCAGGAGAACGCGCUGACAAACUUUGCCGCGGAUCUCGUGCGUGCUCUUUCGGAGAGAGCUCUCGAGCCCCUUCCGGCCGGAUUCGUGGAGACCGUCAUGCCCAAGAUGAACCGACUGCUGCUGGACUCGACCGACGGGGAGCUGAUCCGUCCCGCGACGGAAGCCGUUCGGCACAUGCUCUCGCACGACUUUAACCAAUUUGUCAACUGGCGGGAUCCCCAGAGCGGCAAGGAGGCCACCGAGGUGGUUCUGGUGAUUAUUGAUCGCUUGUUGGGACCCUCCGUCGACGACAACGCCGCGACGGAGGUCGGACAGCUGGCGGCCGAAUUGGUCGAGAAAGCGGGCUCCGAAAGACUCGGACCGUAUCUGCCCCAGCUCCUCCGAGCCGUGGCACAGCGAUUGGCGACCGCCCAGCAAGCGCAAUUCAUUCAGAGCUUGAUCCUCGUUUUUGCCCGGCUGACGCUCAUCAGUGCGCGCGAGGUGGUGGACUUCCUGGCGCAGGUCGACAUUGGCGGGCAGAGCGGACUGCCGAUCGUGAUGAGCAAAUGGCUGGAGAACUCGGUCAACUUCGCCGGGUAUGAUGAGAUCAAGCAAAACAUCAUCGCCCUGGCAACGCUGUACAACCUAGAAGAUCCUCGAUUGGCCCAGGUCCAGGCCAAGGGCGACCUAAUCAUCCAGGACACCGGUCGCAUCAAGACGCGGUCGCAGACGCGCAACAACCCGGAUCAGUACACGGCGGUGUCGGCACCGUUGAAGAUCGUCAAGGUGCUGGUCGAGGAGCUGGCAGCGGCAGCGGGGAGCAAAGAGAUCGACGCGGCCACAGCGGCGGCGCUGGAGGAAGAGGAUAGCGACGAGGACGACGAGUGGGAGGACCUCCCCGCCAACACGCUGGAUCUGAAUCUGGGGGUGACGAAACAGGAACUGAUGGCGUUUGGCGAAGGCGGCAGCGAAGGAGUGUUUGGCGUGCGCAAGCGUGACGACGAGACGCAGGCAUUUUUGCUGGACUUCUUCCGCAACGCAUCUGCCAAGGCCGAGUUCCAGCAACUAUUUGCAGCCUUGACGCCGGCCGAGCAGGAGAAGCUGCAGAGUCUGGGAUGA